AAGGCCCAGGGUUGUCUUGGGGUGAGGGGAGGCAUGGGCAUAGGAUGAGGCCCAGGGCGGUGCACUGACCUUGCACUGCUCCCUUGAGUCCUGGAUGCCUGGCUGCCCUUCCCUCCCUCCCUCUCUCCUGCUGCUGCUCUUCCCAAGGCCUCCCAUUUGUUGUGUAAAGUGCAGUGUUUACCCGGCCAGCUCCCGCCCCUGCUCCUACUUCCACCUGGCCCUGACUGUUGGUCCUGAACCUUGUUCUCUGACGACCACACUUGAUCACUCUGAUGUUCCUAGCUGUCGUACCCGGAGUGCAGUUGGGAGGACACCCAGUUUCCAACACCACCCGGUCACACCAUGUUCCUCAGGGCCAAGGGAGGAGCAGAGAGGCUGGCCUGUAGGGAGAAGGGGUGGGAAGCUCAGGCACCUCCCAGUUUGUCCUGAAGGCAGGGAUCAGGGCAAUUGGUAAAGUAGUGAUGACAAUUGUAUGUAUUCAAAUUGUAUGCUUUAACUUUUACUGUUACCACACUCUUGUGAGGUAUGCUGUUAACCUCAUUGUGUAGAGGAGAAAACAGGCUAGAGUCAAGUGAUAUGCUUGGAGUCAAGUGACCUUGGAGUCAAGGUCCUGCUGUUAAGGAGUGGUAUAGCUGGGACGCAGACACUGGCGUUCAGAUUACAAAUCCAUGGUACUUCCACUCUCCACAGCUGCCAGGGCCUCUUCCCCCAACCCCUGGCACUGACAGUGUGAGUUGUAUCGAACUGGUUUGGUUUCUUGGCCUUAACCUGUCACCACCACUAAGAUUCUUUUUUUUUGUCCUGUUUUGUUUUUGAGACGGAGUCUCAUUCUGUUGCCCAGGCUGGAGUGCAGUGGUGCGAUCUCGGCUCACUGCAACGUCUGCCUUCUGGGUUCAAGCAAUUUUCUGCCUUAGCCUCUUGAGUAGCUGGGAUUACAGGCGCCUGCCACCAUGCUCGGCUAAUUUUUUGUAUUUUUAGUAGAGACGGGGUUUCACCAUCUUGGCCAGGAUAGUCUUGAACUCCUGACCUCGUGAUCCAUCCGCCUCGGCUUCCCAAAGUGUUGGGAUUACAGGUGGGAGCCACUGCGCCUGGCCUAACCACCACCAAGAUUCCUAAAAGGCAAAUAGGAAGCAGCUGUGACUUAUUGGAAGGAAAGAAUGGCAGCAAGUCCUGGGGGAGCUGUGCCUGCACUAGAUCUCCCGUGAGCACCCACACUGCAACUCUACCUCACACUUCCAGGCCAGGCCCAGUGGGUAGGAGGGAUACACUGCUGAAGCCUCCCUGCGUCCAUUGCAGCGGCUCUGGGGGCCGAACUGGGAGUGAGGGGCCCCCUCAUAGCCUGGUCCCAGCCUCUCUCCCUCUACCAGGUUAGGGCAGCUAAGGCCAUAGAGAGUGGAACAGAAUGGAAUCUGUCUCUCCUUAGGCUAUUGAGGAUGACGCCAGGUCCUGGGAAAAUGAUACUGUCUUGGUCCAGCCUCCACCUCUGCGUCUCCAGAACUGAUGUUCCCCCUGUUAAAGGAGCUGGAUCUCCCUUUGUCACCCAGGCUGGAGUGCAGUGGUGUGAUCAUGACUCACUGCAAGCCUCAACCUCUCAGGCGCAAGUGAUCGUCCUGAAUAGUUGGGACCAUAGAGACGGGGUUUCACCAUGAUGGCCAGGCUGGUCUCGAGCUCCUCACCUCAGAUGAUCCACCCACCUCGGCCUCCCAGAGUUCUAGGAUUACAGAAACACAAACAGCAGAAUGGCUCCAUCUCUGUUGGAGACUUCCAUCAACUAGAACCACGAGGACUGAUGGACAGACCACAAGGCCAGUUUGUUCCAGUUCAAUGAUUAAAAGAACCACAGAUGACCAGACACGGUGACUCACGCCUGUAAUCCCAGCACUUUGGGAGCCCGAGGCUGGUGGAUCACGAGAUCAGGAGUUCGAGACCAGCCUGGCCAAUAUGGUGAAACCCUGUCUCUACUAAAGGAGGCUCAGGGAAAAGCCUGAUGGUCACCUACACGACAGAGGCACAUCGGCCUCCAGAUGGGCGGGGAGCAUUCUUCCAGCCUGGCUCCGCCCCUGGGCUUCGGUGGACAGACCAGCUUUACCUCCAGAGACUCCCGUCUUCCCUGCACCGGCUGACUAGACCUACACACUUCGGCUGCACAUUCUUUGUUUAGAUAUGCUGAUGCCUGCCUUCGCUGGGAACUGUCCAGUCCUGCCUGCCUGGUGCUCAGCUCUGUGGAUCUCAGCGGAUGGAGUCGCAAUCUCAUUGCUCCCGCCUUUCCUGGCCCCUCUCGCCUUCUCCUCGAGACCCAGGUUAAGUGGGCAGAGGGCUCCGAGGGUCCCCUCCCGCCGUGGGAUUGCUCAGAGGGCUGGGUCCGCAGGCUGGCUAAAAGGACCUAGCCCAGGAUUGGGAGGCAGCGCCCUCCCCGCAGCUGGACAGACUCCAAAGCUGGACACGCCCAAAGCCCAGCAGGGGCGUGUCCGCGCGCUCACCUGCCAUUGGCUAGGUGGGGCCGUCGGCUGCCAGCAGUGCUUGUGCUUUAAGUGCGGAGCGGGUGGCUGCGGAGCCAGGCGCUGCGCAGGAUGGUGGACAGCGUGUACCGGACCCGCUCCCUGGGGGUGGCAGCCGAAGGGCUCCCGGACCAGUAUGCGGACGGCGAAGCGGCUCGUGUGUGGCAGCUGUACAUCGGGGACACCCGCAGCCGCACCGCCGAAUACAAGGCAUGGCUGCUCGGGCUGCUGCGACAGCACGGCUGCCAGCGGGUGCUCGACGUGGCCUGUGGCACCGGGGUGGACUCUAUUAUGCUGGUGGAAGAGGGCUUCAGUGUGACGAGUGUGGAUGCCAGUGACAAGAUGCUGAAGUAUGCGCUCAAGGAGCGCUGGAACCGGCGGCACGAGCCCGCCUUCGACAAAUGGGUCAUCGAAGAAGCCAACUGGAUGACUCUGGACAAAGAUGUGCCCCAGUCAGCAGAGGGUGGCUUUGAUGCUGUCAUCUGCCUUGGAAACAGUUUCGCUCACUUGCCAGACUGCAAAGGGGACCAGAGUGAGCACCGGCUGGCGCUGAAAAACAUAGCGAGCAUGGUGCGGGCAGGGGGCCUGCUGGUCAUUGAUCAUCGCAACUACGACCACAUCCUCAGCACAGGCUGUGCACCCCCAGGGAAGAACAUCUACUAUAAGAGUGACUUGACCAAGGACGUCACAACAUCAGUGCUGACAGUGAACAACAAGGCCCACAUGGUGACCCUGGACUAUACAGUGCAGGUGCCGGGGGCUGGCCAGGAUGGCUCUCCUGGCUUGAGUAAGUUCCGGCUCUCCUACUAUCCACACUGUCUGGCAUCCUUCACGAAGUUGCUCCAAGCAGCCUUCGGGGGCAAGUGCCAGCACAGCGUCCUGGGUGACUUCAAGCCUUACAAGCCAGGCCAAGCCUACGUUCCCUGCUACUUCAUCCAUGUACUCAAGAGGACAGACUGAGUGUGGCCUCAGCUCCCACAAGCCUCCACCCAGGCACUGCUAGGCUGUGUCUGGAAGAUGGGGACCAGCAGCCCCACACCAGGGCCAACCUCUAGAGCAGACUACAGCUGGGGUGCAGGGAUGUGGGUUCCACAGAUGGAAGGCUAAACAAUAUAGUCUUUUUCAGUUCCUGCA